AUGGGCAACGUCGCCUCCAUCCACCACCACCACGACCUUCACUUCAACCCUCCGGCAGCUGACUCUUUCAAACCUUCAAACUUCAAACAGAACAUCGCCUCCUCUACCAUCACCACCAACGACCACGACGAAGGAAGCUUCAAUACGUUCACAAUCUCAGACAUGACACCCACUCGUGCGCCGACUCCCAUCCCCAACUCCCAGUCAUCAAACCAAGCAACCAGCAAGAACACCGCACCAAACUCCCUGACUGAAUCCCAUCGGAGUCCCCUCUCGGAGCUUUCCGUCUCAAGAUUAGCAAAUGGAAACAACCUCACUACCAGUGCCAACCAAUUCCUAAUCCUGGACACAAAAGCACGACGCAACGCCGAGAAGGAAAACAAUUUGGCAGCACAAGACUCCUCGAGACAUCCCCACUUUCACAUCCGCCCUCACAAACCCCACUCUGAUGCGCCACGCGUAUCCAACCCCACAAAGGUCAAGCGAAAGAUACACGUCGAGUUUGAUCCCUCCACUGGGACCUACAAGGGCCUGGAGGAGGCCCUUCGUGACGCCUUCGACAGCAAUGCACCAGAGGAUCUGGAGGAGCUCAGCCAGAGCUUUUCCGAUACUCCCAUCUCGUUGCAAAAGCCUGGCACAAAGCAAAAGUCCUCGCAUUUGCAGGAUAGGAUUCUCAAGCAUUGGAAUGUGUCGGGAGCGGACAGCACCGAGUCUUCAGAAAAAUCUAACACUCCGGAGAAGGAAGAGCUCAGCCGUUCUUCUAUCCUGCGCAUGAAGCCUCGCAAGUUUACUAUUGGGCAUAGCAACCAUCAGCAGUUUAAUCGACAUGGCAUUUCAAACGCCCCUGCAAUCAGUGUUGGCCAACCGAGGCACUUCCAACAUAAGACUCAUGUGCAGGUGGACCCGAGUAAUCCAACAGGCUUUGCUGGCUUGCCGAGGGAGUGGGAAAUUAUGUUGAAGCACUCUGGCAUCAAUAGAGAGAUGGCUCUCAAGAAUCCAGAGGAGCUUUUGGACGUCUUGCAGGUUUCGUACGACAAGCAAUUCAACCCCAAGAAGCAUGUCGAUUACCACAUCAAUCAAAUCAAGAUGAGUGAAGCUACUCACGUCGAUAACAACUUGUUAAAGAACUGGGAGCCGAACUUCAUUUCCGGGAAUCCCCUCAAGUCCUUCAAGGAUGUUGUGAAGAUUGGCGAAGGUUCUUCAGGGUCCGUGUAUAGGGCAUUCGACCCGAAGAGGAACGUACCCGUCGCUGUCAAACGGGUUGUCCCUAAGUCUCAAGAAGACCUCUCUCUCUUCAAGUUUGAGGUCGCCGUGAUGAGUUCGGCCUUCCACCACAACCUCAUCAAAUGUUACGAUUCAUAUAAGCUCGAUGAAAACUUAUUUAUUGUCAUGGAGCUGGCCGACGCUGGAUCUCUAACGGACGUCCUCUACUUUUUGAACGAUCGCAAGCUGCACUUGAAUGAGCCCGAAAUUGCCUACGUGUGCAGAGAAGUACUUCAGGGCCUUGCUUCUCUUCAUGGUAUCAAGAGAAUUCAUAGAGAUAUCAAAUCUGACAAUACCCUUGUAACUCGUGAAGGUCAUGUCAAGAUUGCUGACUUUGGUUUUGCAGCUCAACUGACUUCGAAGGACAACAAGAGGAAUACUGUCAUUGGUACCCCUUUCUGGAUGGCGCCGGAAGUAUGCCGCGGAAUGGACUACGAUUCGAAGGUGGACGUGUGGUCAACAGGAGUGUUGGCCAUCGAAUGCGCGGAGGGUGCCCCACCACUGCUCCACGAAACGCAGAUGAAGGCCAUGUUUAUUAUUGCCACUGAAGGCCCGCCACGGCUUAAGAAGCCAGAUGAAUGGACGUCCGAUUUCCAUGAUUUCAUCGAAAAAUGUACAAUCACUGACCCAUCUAAGCGUGCCUCAGCUGCCGAAAUGCUCCGACACCCGUUCCUGAAACGCGCCGCAGACCGGAAGCACAUGGGACGGAUAUUUGGCGUCGUCGCCGACUUCAGGGAGAAGGAAAGCAAAAAGUUUCAAGCGGCGGAGCAUGCAAGGCUUGAGGAUGAUGGCCCCCAGCCCGAAUCACCGCAAUUAAGUCGACAAAACUCAGAUGUAGAAUUCGUUAGUGCAGCAGAUACGCUAACACAAUCCGAGGGUAGUCCACUCGCUAACAUUCGAUAGAACAAAAAUUCCACGACAAAACGAGGCUAAACAUGCUUAACUUUUCGUAGGUGCCGUGUUUGGCUUAUUAU